GGAAUGGGUCAUAAUUGUGGACGAGUAAUUGGCACCAUAUGUAUAGGGAAAUGGUGUAGAGCGUCGAUUCAUGUACAACUGCUGGUUACAACGUCGUGCUCAGGGCUACUACAGUCUCCUCUACCUAACGCUUGGGCCAAACGACUGGCGAACCAUGUGUCAAUCCACUCAUCACUUAUCACACACAACAUCCAUCCGUUCAAAACUUUAGGCGGCACUACGGACAGUAUGCCCAAUGUCUACCCGGCCACAGGGUUAUUCCCUUCGUAAAGAUGCAAUUUCAUCCUCAGUCCCCACCUCCAGCCAAUCUCCUGCAAAUGCUCGUCUGCCAGCACAUCUGCCGCUGUACCAUCGUCUCCUCUUCCCUCAUCAUCCGCUUGGUGAACCUCUGCCCCAGUUCAUCAUUGGUGAUGCACCAGAGAUAGACCUUCUGAAUGAGCGUAUAUACAACCUCAUCGCCCUUGCGCUUCGUGGAUACAUCCUUCCAUGGUAUACCCGCUUCUCGAAGGACCGCUCUCUCCUUCCAUCCAUCCACUCCACAGUUAUUCACCCUAUCUUCUCCCCUAUCUGCACGAGAGCGUAUGAUAACCCGGAGCGGAUUGUGAAAUGGAUUUUACGAGACUUGCUGUGCUCAGUAGAGAUACAUGUAAAGGUAUACUGGGAAGCGAAGGCUGCGCUAGGGGGUGGGACUUUGGGAGACCGGUAUCACGCUAGACUCCCACUCCCCUCUGUCUCCGUCUCUUCCUUCCCUGCCCCGCACAGUCCUGUCCAUCCCACAUAUACUCUCUCCUCAGAAUACCUCACAUCCCUAUCCGUCGCCCUCAUGCAGCCGACUGAAACCGAGGAAGAGCGAUCGCCAAUGGGUUUACAGGAUCUCAUGAUCCGCGAAAUCCUCGCACGUGCUAUCCUUGCUGGAGGUAUGAGAAGAUUAUGUUUUGGGUGGUUCUGGUACGGACUCAUACUCAAGUUCCUCGGUGAACCAGGUGACCCUUUUCCAUGGCGACGCUGGACCCCGCAAAAACAGGAUGAACCAAAGUCCAUCCAUCAGUUGGUCAUAUCAUACACGCGUACCAUUACCUCUCUCUUUACAGCCAUCUAUUCAGCUAUCAUCACGCUGGUGGCAAUGUACACUGCUGCUCCUCCGCCAUCACCCGAGUACGAGGGUUGUACAGAUACGUGGAUGGCGGUGAUGAGGAUAAUAAUGGGUGUGGAUGGGUAUGCGGGGGUAGAAGCGAAGAAAUGGAGGAAGAGGAUGGUAUGGGAUGGGGUGGAGAUGGUCGUUGGGUUGAUAUCACCCAUUCUUGAUCGCAUUAUCCCGCAUCUCCUAUCUUCCCAACUCACACCCAAGCUUUCUUUCCGCCUCAUCGACCUUGCCGAAAAACUAUUAUUCCCACUCGACGGAUAUCCUGGACCCACGCCUAUCGACCCGACGCCUGCUGAGGCUGCGCAUAUGAGAGAUAGAGCCGAAAGGAGGAUAGGGGAGAUAAUUCCUAGACCGCUGCGGGUGGUGUUUUGUCCUGAAGACAAGGAUGCAGGCAGAUUGAUGGAAUGGAUGAGUGAUGCUGGGUGUAAUGCCCAUUUAGUGGGGAUGAUACUGGUCAGUCUCGUGGCCACUUUAUUGCCGGAUCUUGUCGAUAGAACGGAUUUAGAGGAUGGACAAUUGUAAACAAGGGAAAUCUGAUGUCCGAUGUGUAUAAGGGUAUCAUUUGUAGAGUAUAGAAAUGUACAAAUCUAUCAAUG